AUGGGGCUUCUCACAAUCUUAAAGAAAACAAAGGAAAAAGAAAGAGAAGUCCGUCUUCUUAUGCUAGGCCUUGACAAUGCAGGAAAAACUACGAUUUUAAAAAAAUAUAAUGGUGAAGACAUAAGUUCUAUCAGUCCAACUUUAGGGUUCAAUAUAAAAACAUUGGAAUAUCAGGGCUACAAGCUUAAUGUCUGGGAUGUUGGCGGGCAAACAAUUAGGAUAAGAUUAUUAUUAAAAGAAUCGACAUCCUUGUUCUCGUUACACCAAAAGAAAGCCUUCAGAGAACCUCCUGAUUGUCAACAUUUUCGUCAGAGAUGGCGAGAUGGCUCCAGCCUUUGGCAUGAUUCCUGAUGCUGUCUCGGAACUUUGGAGAACAUUGUUUAUGAAUUUAGUCUGCUGCUUCUAUAACUGGAGCCUCAACUUGAGAUAAACUCUUAGCUAGUAUCAGUACCAACUAUGCAUUCGUCGUCAGCACUAGUGCCUCCAGGAGCAAAAGCCUUCCUUCUCAGAUAUUCAUCGGGAGAAAAAGUUUUCUUAUUGCUGUACGACAGAAGCAAAGCCAGAUACACAAAUCCCCAGUACCCAUAAAUUUCGUUUCACCGCUCAUUAUGUCACAACAAGAUCCCCAACUAUGAAUAGGUCCAGAAGAGGAUAAAUCGGUGACAUCGCAAAUUAUUUUUAUGCGAGGCAGACAAACAACAAUUCGUUCUUAUUGGCGAAACUAUUUCGAGCAAACAGAUGGUCUCGUAUGAGUAGUAGAUUCAGGAGAUAAGAUCAGGCUUGGAGAUUGCAAAAAAGAAUUGCACCAGCUUCUGCUACAAGAAAGACUGGCAGGAGCUUCAUUGCUUGUCUUUUGCAACAAGCAAGAUCUUCAAGGUGCUUUAACAAUGGAAGAAAUAAAAGAGUUUCUAGAACUUGAUAACUUUCAAACUCGACAUUGGGCGGUAGCCCCAUGUAGUGCUGUUACCGGAGAAGGUCUGAUUAGCGGGAUCGAAUGGAUUGUGGGAGAUAUUGCAUCAAGAAUCUUUACAAUGGACUAA